GCCAGUGUGCAGUGCAUUUUCCUGUGCUCCAAUGGCAAGUCAAGACAGCAGGGACAGUAAGAUUUUACUAUGUUUAGGACUUUUACUGGUUGCUGGUUCAUUUAGCCAUUGUGCAAGACUGACAAAGCUUAAAGCAUUGGAUAAACUAAGAGGAAACUCUACAACUAGCAGUGGACAAGCUAAAGUAAGUGAACAGCACCAUGGAAGACUCUUAAUUGGGCUAUUUUCUCGGGAAGGAGUCACAAAGAACCUUCUGGAUGUUGAUGCAGAUUACCAAGAUGACAUGGGUUGGGGUGAAGGCUAUUCAAAGCCUAACGCAGAGCGAGACAGUGUGGCAGUGGAUCGACUUCUUAAACUGGAACCAAAGGUUGAAUGUACAGGCAACUCCAUGAGGCUUGAAGUCCAAGAUGCUGCUUCUACCCCUGGAUCUCUAUUCUUUGUGGACAGGGGAAGUCGCCUGUCUCCACUGCCUUUGUCGAAAUUGCCACCAAGCUGCGGUUACACCAUCAAAUCAUCACGGAGAGAUUUGGUCUUAGUAGCCCCUUACGAUGGUUGCUUCGUCGCUCUAGAGGAGGACUGCUACGUUCUCCCAUUGCGUUGGUGUGGGUUACCAGUGAGGAUGUCAUGCCCUAUAAUGAAGCAGUCAUCACCUGACCCUCCGAUGGUCACCUGCCAUGAUCAGGGCAUGGUCGUGAAAACAAGUUGGAUGGUCCCUGUUGCUAAAAUUGGUGUGAAAGUGAAUGGUAACUGGGAGCCAUUGAUUAAAGCAUCAGCCAGAUGUGGGUUCAGUGUAGUCUUGCAUCCUGAAGGUGUGGUCAUCUCUGUUCACUAUGCACCCUGUCUGGACAGCAAGGAUGGCAUGUACACCCUUAACUUGGCUGGUGAAGGAGAAAUUCACAUCUCCUGUCCUUCAUUGUCACCAGCACUAAUGAAAAACAUAACACAAUUAAAUCCAUCUCAAUCAGCUGUUCCAAAGAUUCCUGAGAAACCAGACCAAGGGCCAGAAGAUAUCAAGGGAAUUAAGUUACCUCAACCUACAACUACUCCAAAGCCAUCCCCAAAAACCAUCCCUUUUGUAGCACCAUCUGCGAUCCAGCCAGAGACCCAAGUACAACAGCUGUUCUACCCAUCCUUCUCCUACUAUCCACAGCCUGAAAAGCCCACCACUGCCCCAGAACCUGAAUAUCCUCAGGGCCCAGUACAGCAGCCCUUUUACCCUUUGCCCUACUACCCUCAGCUGAAGCCCUUCUACCCAUUCCCCUACGACCCUCAGCCAAAGCCUGAAAAGCCUGCCACUGCCCCGGAAACAGAGAAAACAACCACAGGGCCUGAAAAGCCAACUGCAGCUCCCAAACCCCCCCAGCCAGACACUCCUCAGAGCCAAGUACAAUGGCCCUCCUAUCCAGAACCUCCUAAGCCUGAUGCCCCGCAGGGCCAAGUACAGCAUCCUUUCUAUCCAUUUCCCUACUACCCUCAGCCAGGGUCUGAAAAGCCAACUACUACUCAGGAAUCUGAGAAGCCAACUAAAGCUUCCAAACCUCCACAGCCUGACACCCCUCAGGGUCAAGUACAGUGGCCCUCCUACCCAUUCCCCUACUACCCUGAAGCCCCGCAAGGCCAAGUACAGCAGCCUUUCUACCCAUUCCCCUACUACCCUCAGCCAGGGCCUGAAAAGCCAACCAGUUCCCCAGAACCCAAGAAGCCAACUGCAGCUCCCAAACCUCCACGGCCUGACACCCCUCAGGGCCAAGUACAAUGGCCCUACUACCCUCAGCCAAGGCCUGAAAAGCCAACCAGUGCCCCAGAACCUGAGAAGCCAACUGCAGCUCCCAAACCUUCACAACCUGAAGCCCCGCAGGGACAAGUACAGAAGCCCUUUUACCCAUUCCCCUACUACCCUCAGCCAGAGCCUGGAAAGCCAACUACUUCAGGGCCUGAAAAGCCAACUGCAGCUCCCAAACCUCCACAGCCAGACACUCCUCAGGGCCAAGUACAAUGGCCCUCCUAUCCAGAACCUCCUAAGCCUGAUACCCCGCAGGGCCAAGUACAGCAUCCUUUCUACCCAUUCCCCUACUACCCUCAGCCAAGGCCUGAAAAGCCAACCAGUGCCCCAGAACCUGAGAAGCCAACUGCAGCUCCCAAACCUUCACAGCCUGAAGCCCCACAGGGCCAAGUACAGCAGCCCUUUUACCCAUUCCCCUACUACCCUCAGCCAGAGCCUGGAAAGCCAACUACCUCAGGGCCUGAAAAGCCAACUGCAGUUCCCAAACCUCCACAGCCAGACACUCCUCAGAGCCAAGUACAAUGGCCCUCCUAUCCAGAACCUCCUAAGCCUGAUACACCGCAGGGCCAAGUACAGCAUCCUUUCUACCCAUUCCCCUACUACCCUCAGCCAGGGCCUGAAAAGCCAACCAGUUCCCCAGAACCUGAGAAGCCAACUGCAGCUCCCAAACCUUCACAGCCUGAAGCCCCGCAGGGCCAAGUACAGCAGCCCUUUUACCCAUUCCCCUACUACCCUCAGCCAGGGCCUGAAAAGCCAACCAGUGCACCAGAACCUGAGAAGCCAACUGCAGCUCCCAAACCUUCACAGCCUGAAGCCCCGCAGGGACAAGUACAGCAGCCCUUUUACCCAUUCCCCUACUACCCUCAGCCAGAGCCUGGAAAGCCAACUACCUCAGGGCCUGAAAAGCCAACUGCAGCUCCCAAACCUCCACAGCCAGACAUUCCUCAGAGCCAAGUACAAUGGCCCUCCUAUCCAGAACCUCCUAAGCCUGAAACCCCGCAGGGCCAAGUACAGCAUCCUUUCUACCCAUUCCCCUACUACCCUCAGCCAGGGCCUGAAAAGCCAACCAGUGCACCAGAACCUGAGAAGCCAAGUGCAGCUCCCAAACCUUCACAGCCUGAAGCCCCACAGGGACAAGUACAGCAGCCCUUUUACCCAUUCCCCUACUACCCUCAGCCAGAGCCUGGAAAGCCAACUACCUCAGGGCCUGAAAAGCCAACUGCAGCUCCCAAACCUCCACAGCCAGGCAUUCCUCAGAGCCAAGUACAAUGGCCCUCCUAUCCAGAACCUCCUAAGCCUGAAGCCCCGCAGGGCCAAGUACAGCAUCCUUUCUACCCAUUCCCCUACUACCCUCAGCCAGGGCCUGAAAAGCCAACCAGUGCACCAGAACCUGAGAAGCCAAGUGCAGCUCCCAAACCUUCACAGCCUGAAGCCCCACAGGGACAAGUACAGCAGCCCUUUUACCCAUUCCCCUACUACCCUCAGCCAGAGCCUGGAAAGCCAACUACCCCAGGGCCUGAAAAGUCAACUGCAGCUCCCAGACCUCAAUUGCCAGAAGCCCCUCAGGGCCAAGUGCAACAACCCUUCUACCCUUUCCCCUACUACCCUCAGCCAGAGCCUGAAAAGGCAACUGAUGCUCCUAAACAACUCAUAAACUCACCGCUAGUCACUUUAACCCCUGCUACCAACUUGCAGCAACCACAACAGGUCAUAACUGGCACCAGUGUAAACUCCCAAGAAACUGCUAUACUACAAUCUAGUAAUGGUGCUGUAACCCCUCAAGCUCACUCACCAGGCCUUCUAUACAGGCCACCUGCAUACUGUCGUCAGUUCUGCCCAUCAGGACUUCCUAACUGCUGUCCCCAAAUAGCUUUUCAUCAACAUCUCCAUCAAAUAGUCCCUGCUGGACUUGGCAGUCCAGAUUCACCUUCAUUCCAUUCAGGACUGCCUUUCGUUCCUCAGGUGGCAUAUUCUGGUUUCAGCAAUGGCUUGGGAUUUGCCCCACUUCCUCCAAAGCCAACUGAAACGACAACAAUUCAACAUGCCACCACAACAUCCUUGCCUAUACCUCAAUUUCGACUUCAAAAGCAUCCACUAGAUGACAGCCCUGCUGCAAAACGUGAUAAUGUAAUCAACCCAACAAAUCCUGAAUGGUCAGUUUAUCCUUAUAGUGUACCAGGAUCACCUUAUCCUAAUUUGCCACAAGGCCAAUUGCCAUUUAAAUACAAUGUGCCUUCUAAACCACAGGCUUCAGGUAAUGAACCAGUUAAUCAAAUGCUGCAAUAUAAACCCAGGGGCAUGAGUUAUCCAUCAGAGCCUAAUUACAUGUCGCAUUUUGGCCAAUACCUGCAACAUAAAGCCAAGCGGCAAAAUGUUCUUCCGGCCAAGGAACUACAGUCAUCAAACAAAAAAGCCAGACUUUCUGAAGGUCCAAUGCAUCCUGAACCCGAUCAUCUUCUGGUCCCUUACUACAUACUUCAAGAUGCUCAAGCACAGACUUAUGACAAAUCAAGGGCCUCUGGCAACACCUCUCAGCCAUAUAUGACUCGCUCAAAGAAAUUCAUUGAACAUGAGCAGACUGUGCACUCUUCUGAACCAAAGAGUUAUGUGCUUUUACAGCAUGGCCCACCAGGAAGGGAGUCUGAUGAGAAACCAAAAGGACUGAAACAACUGCUUCAGAUAAGGGGUGGACAAGGAAGCAGAAAUUAGUCCUUUAAAGUGAAUAAAUAAUUAAAAUGGAAUAUCUUAAGGGGAAUUCAACUUUGUCUGAGGGUUGUUCUGUUCUUUUUGGUCAGUGAUUUGUAAAGUGUGAGUGGGAAAAUUAUCAAAAGCAGAAUAUUUUACUCGUGUUCUGUUGCAUGGGCAGUCAUUGACACCUUUUUUUUUUAUUUGCAAGGUUUCAAGCAGAAAGCUUAUCCCUGGAACUUGUUGCCCUAUCUGCUAUUCAGAAUCAAAAGGUGCAUUGAACUUGUCUUAUUUUGCCUUGCCAUGAACUGCUACUUCCUGAGCAUUGACCCAUUUCUGUAAACAGACUUACUAGAAUUGCCCUGUUCGACAAUAUUGACUUGAAGUACAACACUAAUCACCUUUUUACCAAGGUGUAAAAGUUGGCAUAAAAUAUUUUCAACUGGAAUCUUCCUGUUUUGAA